UUGUCGUUAGUUGGUUCGGUUGUGUGAUAAGUCCUUUGUGUGGUGAUCGAGCGCCGAGUAGAAAAGGAAAGAAAAUUGUCGUCGCCGCACAAAAGAACGACAGGCUGAGUGAACGGUGAAAGUCCAGCCACUGAUUCGUCUGUGUACGAACCGUUUACCGUAUUGAUUGAGUAGUCUCAAUAGCACUCCGCGCUUAUAGCGCUCAGUUGACGACAGUGCGACAACACGUUCAGUCAUAUCGACUUACUGUGAUACGUUAAAAUAAAUAUUUCGUGUAGGACAAAUGGUGCGGUAAACGAAGAGCUACUUAUGCGACCAGUGCCGGGCACUUUGAGUUGUGCUGUCGCGCGUCUGCACGCCCGAAAGUUUAGAAUGGAUAAAGUAAAUAAAUUCAUUCGACCAAUAGGAUUCAGGCGGCGAACAAGAUCUGCCAGUAGCGUUGCAUAUCCUGACAAUAAAGCUCAAAGUGAUGAUUCUAGUAGUAAUUCCAAAGAUGUAGGAGUGUCUAGUAUUUAUCAUAGUGAUUCGGAUGAUAUAAGUGGUGCUCCACAGCCAAUUCGAUUUGCUUUACUAUCGAAACAUUUGAUGCAUUUGGAAUCAGAUUCUGUCAAUGAAAAUUUUACCCCUGGAAGACCAUUCACUAGAAGAAAAAGAAAAUUCAAAAAGAUGAUAGUAGAUCCAGAUGUAAAGUUUCCUUCGCAGAUGACAAGUAGUUGUUCUCAAAGUAGUAGCAGUGAGAAGAGAAGAACUACACGUCAUUCAGCUAGUAUGCCAAGAAACUGUGGGUCAUUGAUCUUGGCUAUUGGUAAAAGAAAACGCAGUAAUCGCGAAAUUAUAGCUGGUAGUUGUCAUCAAGGUACUUCAAAUAUCAAAUCAAUGGAUAUAGACAUUGCUAGUAGCUCAAGUAGUAUUAGUUCCUCUGAAAGUGAAGCUGGAAUUUUUACUAAUGAUGAAGGAAGAGAAGGAGAUGAUGAACAGAGUGAUUGGGUUGGUAAUGCAUGUGGAGCUGGUGGAGUAACUGAUGAUGAUGCCGAACCAAUGAAAAUUGAUUGUCAGAAAUUAUUAUCUGUGAAUUUACAGAAUAGUGCUUUAGCUGAAGGAAGAGGACCUGGGCGUAUGCCAAUGUGGCAUAGAAAUAAUUUUCUUAAGAAGAGUGAUAGGGAAAUUCGUGGAGGUUUACGCAGAGUUCGGUCAGUUAAACCUAGUUUUUCUGUUAUAACUUCAGCUAAUGAAAAAGUAUCUCGUUUUUUACGUGAUCCUGCUCAAUCUGAAUUAAGAUUGCAUCCAAUGCCAAAAAAGGAACAAGACCAACUAUCACAUUUAGCAGAAAUGUAUUCUCUUCAUAUGCAACUUAAUGACUCUCCAAAAAAAGGAGUUACUCUGACCAAAACUGACAAUACAAUUCAAGUAGAUUUAGAAGCUCCAUUUUCGCAUCUCAAUCCAUCAAAAGAUCACAAAAGAAAGAAAUCAGCAUCUUCUGAAUUAAAUUUAGGCUUGCAAGCAUUACAUAAUCAAGCAUGGAUACCUAUAGUUCUUGAAGACAAGCCUUGUACAUCAUCUCAAACAGAAACUUCAAACCAGAACAAAUGAAAAUGAUUUUAUACUUGUGCCAACUAUUAAGGCUGAAACUAAAUGAAAAUGCAGCUUUACAUGCUUGUUUUACUAUUUAUAUAUUACAUAUAUAUUUAUAUUAUUUUUUGUUGACAUGUAAUUUGUCUACCAAAAAUGCAUGUUAGAUAAUAGUAAUACCUUAAGUAUUGCUAUUGAUUGAAACAGUCACGAUUAUAUAUUGACUUAUUAAAUUUACCAAUCAAUUUCAAGUCAUUAUUUUUAAGAGGAGUUUAUCUAUUAUAUUUAAACUCGGAGGUCGAAAUACUCUUGAUACUAUUACUUUCUAAAUUCUCAGUAUUCUAAACAUUCUGUUGAACUUUUUUCAUCUUAUUAAAUGUAAAGCUUUCUAUGAUUAUAUGUUUAAAACAUACACUACUCUUUAAAUUAUUGACAUAAUUAUAAUGUUUCGUUUUAACCAAUAACACUUUCCUUAUGUACACUUUUAGGUAUUAUUUUUAUGUUACUAUUCCAUAAAUGAUAUUUAUUAUUAAUAAAGUUUUAUCAUAUAAU